GGCGGGCUCCUCUCUGCUUAGGCCCCUGUCGCCGCGCGUUGCUGGGCAGAGCUGGACGCCGCCUUCUCCUCGGUCCCCGCCCUCCCUGGGUCUGGCCCUGGUUCUUCGCGGGGCGCCCUCGGCCACCAUGGGCUGGGAGAUGGAGCCGCUGCUACUGGCCUGGAGCUAUUUUAGGCGCAGGAAGUUCCAGCUCUGCGCGGAUCUGUGCACGCAGAUGCUGGAGAAGUCCCCUUAUGACCAGGCAGCUUGGAUUUUAAAAGCACGAGCACUGACUGAAAUGGUGUAUGUAGAUGAAAUUGAUAUAGAUCAGGAAGGAAUUGCAGAAAUGAUGCUGGAUGAAAAUGCCAUUGCCCAAGUCCCACGCCCUGGAACAUCUUUGAAACUCCCUGGAGCUAAUCAGAUGGGAGGGCCUAGUCAAGCUGUCAGACCGAUCACUCAAGCUGGAAGACCCAUUACAGGUUUCCUGCGACCCAGCACGCAAAGUGGAAGGCCGGGCACUAUGGAACAGGCCAUUAGAACACCCAGAACCGCCUACACAGCUCGCCCGAUUACCAGCUCAUCUGGGAGAUUUGUCAGGCUGGGAACGGCUUCCAUGCUUACGAGUCCUGAUGGACCUUUUAUAAAUUUAUCUAGACUGAAUUUAACAAAAUAUGCCCAGAAACCCAAAUUGGCAAAGGCUUUGUUUGAGUAUAUCUUUCAUCAUGAAAAUGAUGUUAAAACUGCUUUGGACUUGGCUGCCCUCUCCACAGAGCAUUCUCAGUACAAGGACUGGUGGUGGAAAGUGCAGAUUGGAAAAUGUUACUACAGGUUAGGAAUGUAUCGUGAAGCAGAAAAACAGUUUAAAUCAGCCCUGAAGCAGCAGGAUAUGGUAGAUACAUUUCUCUACUUGGCAAAAGUUUACAUCUCAUUGGAUCAACCUGUGACUGCUUUAAAUCUUUUCAAACAAGGCUUAGAUAAGUUUCCAGGAGAAGUGACCCUACUUUGUGGAAUUGCCAGGAUCUAUGAGGAAAUGAACAAUAGUUCAUCAGCAGCUGAAUACUACAAAGAAGUCUUGAAACAGGACAAUACCCACGUGGAAGCCAUCGCGUGCAUUGGGAGCAACCACUUUUAUUCUGACCAACCAGAAAUAGCGCUUCGGUUUUACAGGCGACUCCUGCAGAUGGGUGUUUAUAACUGCCAGCUUUUUAACAAUCUGGGGCUCUGCUGCUUCUAUGCCCAGCAGUAUGAUAUGACUCUGACCUCGUUUGAACGUGCCCUUUCUCUGGCUGAAAAUGAAGAGGAGGCAGCUGACGUCUGGUACAACUUGGGGCAUGUCGCUGUGGGAACGGGAGAUACGAAUCUGGCGCAUCAGUGCUUCAGGCUGGCUCUGGCCAACAACAACAGCCACGCGGAGGCCUACAACAACCUGGCGGUGCUGGAGAUGCGAAAGGGCCACGCGGAGCAGGCCAGAGCACUGUUACAGACGGCGUCAUCUCUAGCACCCCACAUGUAUGAGCCACAUUUUAAUUUUGCAACAGUCUCGGACAAGAUUGGAGAUCUACAGAGAAGCUAUGUGGCUGCUCAGAAGUCUGAAGCAGCAUUUCCAGAUCAUGUGGAUACCCAGCAUUUAAUUAAACAAUUAAAGCAGCACUUUGCUAUGCUCUGAUUGUUCCUUAGACCAAGUAUAUUCCUAUCAUGUGACAUUAUCUGAAGGAAGAAGUAGUCUGUUCGUACACAUGUAAUACAAACUUGUGCUUGGUAUCAGUGAAGAUGAUAUAAGGGAAUUUAAACAAGAAUGUAUAGUGAAAACUUUGUAAUAAUUUUAUAAUAUUACAAAAGACAGGAUUUUCAGCAUUUGUAAGUAGAUCAUGAAGCCUUCUCCCACAUUAUAUGGUAGAUGUUUGUUUUUAAUGUUUAUAAAACAUUUUCAUGAAUUUCCUUAAAUUUUUAUAAAUGCACAUUUUUAAUGUCCUUAAGCUUGCCAUUAGCUAUCAUUAAGAGCUCUGAAAUCUGCCUUUAAAGUUGCAUUUAGUGGCUAAAAGUAUGUAUGUUUAUCUUAACUAGAAACUUUCUUUAAAGCUUAAAAAUUGUAUUUAAAGCUAUAUUUCAAAUGCUUCGUAAGACACUGUACAUUUUCAUAUAUAUUAGGCUUUAAAAUAAAUCAGUGUGUAAAACACCAUCA